CCACUUCACAAAUGGUUAUAAAGUCAUACCCACCACUUCCACAGUGACCACAGCAAAUGACCAAGCAUGAACUAAAGUCUUAUUUGAGUCCCUUAGUCAGUCAGCAAGCAUGUUUGGAACAGACCCUGGUACUUUGCAAGGGGUUCAUAUUGCAGAACAGUCACGUAUGGGUAUUUGUAGUUACAAAUACUUGACGGCUCUCCAAGGGUGUGGUUUCCAACCCUUUAAACAACCCUGUUGCCCGUUACCAAGCUAUUUGCUCCAAGUGCCAGAAUCAAUUCUGGUUAGGAAAUCUUUUGCUGAGAAAUAGAUGAAAUGGAACAUAAUGGGUCUGCUUCAAAUGCUGAUAAAAUCCACCAGAAUCGCUUGUCAAGUGUUACAGAAGAUGAAGACCAAGAUGCUGCUCUUACCAUUGUAACAGUACUGGACAAAGUUGCCUCCAUUGUGGACAGUGUGCAGGCAAGCCAGAAGAGAAUAGAAGAGAGACACAGGGAAAUGGAAAAUGCCAUCAAAUCUGUCCAGAUCGACCUGUUGAAGCUUUCACAGUCACAUAGCAAUACAGGCUAUAUCAUUAAUAAGUUGUUCGAGAAAACGAAAAAAGUCAGUGCUCACAUUAAAGAUGUGAAGACCCGCGUGGAAAAGCAGCAAACUCAUGUUAAAAAAGUUGAAUCCAAGCAAGAGGAAAUAAUGAAGAAAAACAAAUUCCGCGUGGUAAUCUUCCAGGAAGAGAUUCGGUGUCCAACAUCCCUGUCUAUUGUUAAAGACCGAAACCUAACCGAAAACCAGGAGGAGGAGGAGGAUGUCUUUGAUCCCCCAAUAGAGCUCUCAUCAGAUGAAGAAUAUUAUGUUGAGGAAAGCAGAUCUGCCAGGCUUAGAAAGUCAGGCAAGGAGCGCAUUGAUAAUAUCAAAAAGGCAUUUUCCAAAGAAAACAUGCAGAAAACACGGCAGAAUUUUGACAAGAAGGUGAACAGAAUUAGAACUAGAAUAGUGACCCCAGAGAGGAGAGAGAGGCUGCGGCAGUCAGGGGAGAGGCUGAAGCAGUCAGGGGAGAGAUUUAAGAAAUCUAUUUCUAAUGCAGCUCCUUCGAAGGAAGCUUUUAAGAUGUAUAGCCUUAGAAAAGCUAAGGACCGAUCUGUGGCUGAGGGUCAGGAAGGUGGCAGGGAGAUGGGCAGGGAGAUGGGUGUGGACAUCCUUGCCAGAAGUGAGCCCCUGGGCCCCAUCAGCGAGCUCUACACAGAUGAGCUCAGUGGGACCGAGCUCCAGGCAGCUAGGGCAGUGUAUCCUCCCCACGAAGGAGGGGAGAUCCCCACUCCUGAGCCUUUGAAGGUCACUUUUAAACCUCAGGUGAAAGUAGAGGAUGAUGAAUCUCUUCUGCUAGACUUAAAGCAGUCAUCAUAAAGAGGAAUUAAGUACAAUUGGACCUUCUUAUCAGCGGGUUCCACAUCCACGGAGUCAACCAAUCUCAGAUGGAAAAUAUUUGGGAAAAACAAAAGUCAAUAGUAAAGGAUAAUACACAUUGAAGAUAUAGCAAGUAAACAAAGGUCUUCAAAAAGUUCAUGGAAAAUGUAGAUUAUGCAAAAGUUGCAUGGAUUUUAGCAUUACUUAAA